AUGGCCUCAUUCAAGCAACAAAAUGAAGGCUCUUACUUUGGCCAUGUUUCGGCAGAAUCAAAGAAAUGGUUCUUUGGCAAGCGGAAAAACAGCCCUCCAAAGCCUGAAGGUUCACCUGAUCCUGGUGGCCCACUGACGGCGGAUGAUUCUUAUUCAAAUAUCAAGGCUGAGCCUGGUUUUGAGGGUCAAUUGAGCCAAAAUUCCAGGCACUCCUUGGGACACAUUCCACUACAGCCAAGUUCCAAGCAAGAAACCACCGAGUUUUUCAACAAUUUGACGCUUGAAGACCAAAACAAGGCGCGCCACAGCCAGUCGUCGGAUCCGCUACGUCCUACUACGAAACGGCCUCAUCACGAUGCAGAGCAGUUCUACCCGAGUAAGAUUCGGACGACUCAGGAUCCGAAUGGCCACGGCUCGGCAUCACCUUUCUCCUCUCGUCACAAUCAUGAUCACUCAGAGUCAAUCCGGACUGGUUCCCCCUCCGGAUUUCGUUCAGCACAAAGAACGCCCCAGUCAUCACCGAAACUAAACUCUUCGCACCCAGCCAAUGUUCAAAGACAACAAGUACGUCAUCCACCGCCACCGCCAUCAAAUCAGUUGAACUUUGCGGCUCUGCAAGAUGCCGAAAGAAGAUCACAAAGUCACAUGACUUCAGCUCCACCCACCUAUGACAUACCUCCUGAUCAAGAGGUUCGUAUGCUUCGUCAGCCUGAGACAAGGCCAAUCAGUCAAGAGCAACUUGUAAAUGAAGUUAAAGGGAUCUAUGCUGGGUUGGUCAUGGUGGAGAAGAAGUGUGUUGAGAUAUGUGCCUCUCAAUCUCAGACGACGAAUAAACUGUCCAAUGAGCAGUGGCAGGCCCUCAUUGCGUUGCAUAGGACGUUACUGCAUGAACACCAUGACUUCUUCCUUGCAUCCCAGCAUCCCACUGCAUCACCAGCACUACGGCGUCUGCCGACCAAGUAUGCGAUGCCGGCUCGAAUGUGGCGUCAUGGGAUACACUCUUUCCUAGAACUACUUCGUCAUCGUCUUCCUUAUUCAUUGGAGCACAUGCUUAGCUUCGUCUACCUUGCCUACCAAAUGAUGGGUCUUUUGAUGGAGUCUGUACCUGCUUUCUAUGAAACAUGGAUUGAAUGCCUUGGUGAUCUAGCACGGUAUCGCAUGGCAAUUGAAGAGGCUGAUAUGCGGGAUCGCGAGAAUUGGUCCAAUGUUGCUCGUAUGUGGUACAAUCGUGCUGCUGACCGUUCUCCAAACACAGGUCGUAUCCAACAUCACCUUGCUGUCCUUGCGCGACCAAACAUUGUCCGACAAUUGUUUUACUACUCGAAAGCAUUGAUCAGCGUCAAUCCCUUCAUCAAUGCUCGAGAUUCAAUCAUGCUUCUGUUCAGUCCAUUGCUCGACUCGGACACAAACAAUCAAAAAUAUAACAAGGCAGAGAGAUCACUCGUCACUGCAGCAGGUAUCAUGUUUACCAGGAAAUCCAUUCAUACCUACGCCGUCAAUAUCUCCGAAUACAUUUCGGAUUUGGACAGUCAAAUUACCAGGUCAGGAUCCAAUUUCAAGGUCAUGGGAGCAGAGAUUGCGUCGUCUUUGAUCGCACUCAUGUAUGACUUUGGCCACGAUGAGAACUAUCUGUGGAAAUCCUUCCGUACCAACAACAACAAGAUCAAAGGAAUCCAAGAUGACAAGCCCCCGGCAUUGCUUUCUGAACCUGCUCCACUUGAGGACCCCAUACUGAAGGAAAACAUCCAUGCCAAAUUCUGGCGGAAUGGCCCCAUUAAUCCCGAGGAGUUCCGACAGGUCCAACACCAUGGCGGGGAUAAACUUGAGGCAAACUUUGACUCUUCUGAUGAGGUUACCGCGUACAUUCUUCCUAUUUGGUUUGCAUCGAUUUCUAUUGUGGCGCAAAAAGUUGGGGAUCGCAACAUUCUUCCGUUCAUGCAUAUUACGUUGGCAUUCAUCUGGAGUUCAUCAUACGUGCCAGGAGCCUUGAUCUAUCUAGAGACUUACGUUCCGUGGGCUAAGUUGGUCCUAGCAUUAAAUACGUUAAGCCGAUCUGGGGUAUCUGAUAACCGGAUAGAGGCUAAGGAAUUUCCUCAACAGCAAAGUGGAACUGGACGACAGCUCCCUGAAGAUUUCCUCAUACGUGGACUUGUCUGGUCUUCAUAUUACUUCCCUGGAGACUUCUUCGACGGUCAAGUAGUAGACGAAGACGAGCGCACUCUUGAAAUGCCUAGCCAUGCUGCACCUCGGGCCGAGCGAUGCUUGUGGCUAGGUCACAAGUUGGCAUCGUUGAAUCGUUAUAUUACAUACGAUGACAAGACGAAGUUGUUCGCCGCAACAGACCUAGCUUCGUCCCUGGCUGCUCUAGCAUCCACUCAUACGUUACACAAUACGGAAUCUCAAAUGACCGAAACUCAAUGA